AUGACUGAAGUGGUCCAAGAUAUUAUAAGCAGCAGCAUACGGAAUCCGAACAGUGCUCUGAAAAACAUAAAUUUAAACCAGGUCAAUCAAGUUAUAUAUCAGAUCGAACGCUUCAUGGGACAAGCUGACCUAUCCAGGUACAGAAAAUGAAUUGAAUAAAAUAUGCGUGGGUGCUAGAGUUAUAGUUAUAUAUCCUUCACCCAUUUACACAACCUACACGCCCUUUGUAUAUAUCUAUCUACCUACCCAAACACCUACCCACCCACCCAUCUAACUACCCAUCCGCCUACUACCUAACCACCAACCUACACACCUACCUACUCACCUAUCUACCCACCCAUCCACCUGCCUACCCACCCAUCUACCUACCUACCUACCUACCCACACACCAGCCUACCCACCCAUCUAUACCUGCACACCCACCCACCAUCUACCCAUCAACCUACCUAACCUACCUAACUUCAUAUUGUAUUAAUAUUUUUUUUUAUUUAUUUAUUUUUAAAUAUCAUGAACAUAGAACACAUUGGUAUCGAAGGUACUAGACUUCAUUGGUAUCGAAGGUACUAAUUCCGAAACAUCGAUAACACUCGAACAGACUUGGCCUCGUAGCUCAGUUGGCAGAGCAUUGGACUAGUAUCCCAAAAGUCGCGGGUUUCGAUUGCCACCGUGGUCAGGCUAACUUCUCAGCUUGCCCGGUGUGGAUAUAUAUUCAGAGUAACAUCAAAAACACAAUAUUGUAUUAAUUUCACUUUUAGAAACAAAUAUAAACUGUCAGAGCUGAAAAGCGAUAUCAAAGAAGCAGUAAUACUAGGGAACAUGAAAUUUGCACGGCGCGCGCUCGCCAUAGCACUUAAUAAGAUAGGGAAAAGCAAUUCAGGAACAGCUGGACGUCGGAGAAGAUCAACCAAGCUGGACGCAAAAAGGUUUCUUGAAGACAUAAGGAAAGAUCUUGGCGAAAUAAAGUAUUCCAAAGUUUUUGCGUUGGAAGGUGGAAAGACGUUGAUGUUUGCGAUCGAUAUUACGGGCAGCAUGUAUGAAGAAAUAGAGGCGGCCAAAGCAAUCGCAACUGAGAUAAGCACGUUUAAACGCAGUGCACCAAGCAAUUAUAUUCUGUCCUGGUUUGGAGACCCCAUGAAGGGUAAGAAAUUAACAUUUAAAUAG